AUGUUCAAGUCAUCGAUUUAUUUAUUCUUGGCCUUCUUUUUGUACAAUUCGUAUGGAUCCUUGGCAGAAAGUCAGGACAAUGGGCGAUACGUAUGCCUAUUGAACGACCCAACAAAUCAAUGUGGAGACUUCUGUCUUGAGACACUGAAGCCAGUGCUCGAUCACAUUGCUUCUCACCAGAAGGAGUGGAGCACUUCCAAUCCUCAAAAACAUAAUGAAACACAGGAAAGAUUUGUCAGAAUCAAAGACAAACUUGACAAGUUGCUCGACCAGGAGGAAGCUUCAUCGACGAAUGCAAAUAUACUUGAGUUACAGACAAAACUGGAACGGAUUGAAAACCUACUGGCAGGCCUGCAGGAAAAUGUGUCUAAGCGUGUCCACAACGCUAGUAUAUCUCCUUUGUUCACUCGGAUCGGAUCGACAUUAAUUUACAUCGAAAAAGAAAUUAAAAAGUCCUGGGACGGUGCUGAAGAGACCUGCCGCGAGAUGGGAGGUCACCUGGCAACUAUUCUGAGCGAAUCGGACUUUACCGCCAUCAAAGAAGAACUAUCGGACUAUGCCAGCUACUGGCUGGGCAUCACAGACGUGGCCAAGGAGGGGGAGUUUGUGUCCGUGGCCACUGGCAAACCAGCACCUUUUUUCAAGUGGAGAGCAAACCACCCAAACAAUUUAUCAGGAAAAGAUAACUGUGUGGAUAUUUACAAGGGCGAAAUGUACGAUCUCAACUGUAGCAAAAUUACAAAUUUUAUCUGUGAGGCUGUUGGAUAA